UACGUCAUCAGGGCGCGACUGGAAUACAGAAAUUGUCAACAUGGCCGCCGCCGUUGUGAGAGGAAUCGGCUCUAACCUUGCUAAAAACCUUCGUGAAGUUCGCUUGCAUUUAUGCCAGACGUCUCCAGCCAGCCAGGGAGCCAGGGAUUUUGUUGAACAACACUAUGUGACUCUCAAGAAGGCCAAUCCUGGUUUCCCCAUCUUGAUCAGAGAGUGUUCGGGUGUUCAACCCAAACUGUGGGCACGCUACGGUUUUGGCAAAGAAACUAGCGUUGCUCUUGACAACAUGACCGCUGACCAAGUGGCCAAGGCAAUCGAAUCAGCUGCUGCUAAGGCCAAACCCUAAUGACCACCCCGCUGCACCAAUAGGCUCCAUGUCUGUGUUUGUGAAAUGUUGAUUCCUACUUCUCAUAUGUGAUUAAAUUGCAAAAUAAAUUUAUUUAAGUAUAGACCAA